AAGGCAAACACGCUUCGCGCAAAAAAAAAAAAAACCGUGUAAAACGUGUGGAAAUGCUUUCGACGAGUGAGUUCAACCUGUUGCUCCGAUGUGAACGUGUUGGGAGGCGUUGUCCUCAAUGGGCUGAAGAAGGAGAAGUCGCGUUGGGAGGGAAAUAACGGUUCGCGACGUUAGCCGAAUGUUAGCUAACCCAGCAACAUGGACCGCGCCACUUUUUCAAAAUACUCCUGGAUCGACUUCGCUUUCUCCGUGGUCGGAGUUUGUACGUUUCUGGUGGACUGGGGCUCGGAUGUGUGGGUGGCCACCGAGUUUUACUGUCGCGGCGACUUUUUCUGGUUCGGGGUGCUGGUCGGCCUCAUGGUGCUGUCGUCCGUCGUGGUCCAGAUGUUCAGCUGGUUCUGGCUCAAGUACGACCGAGAGCUGCCCGGGUUCAGCGCUCUGACCCGGCGGGGAACCACCGUGCUCUUCGGGGACCGGGUGAAGCUGUCCUGCCUGUUGCAUGUGCUGCAGCUGGGGUUCCUCUGCAGGCACAUCUCGGCCAUACGACAAGGCUUCAGGGUCUGGUGGCGGAAGGAGGAAGGCUCGGAGUACGCCGUUUACCUGACGCAUGACCUCAGCAUGCUCCGGCUUAUCGAGACCUUCUGCGAGAGCGCUCCUCAGCUCACCCUGAUGAUCUACGUCAUGCUGUGCACAAACAAGGCCAGGACCGUUCAGUUUGUGAGCAUCGCCGCUUCGACCACUUCCAUAGCCUGGAUGGUGGUGGAUUACCACCGCUCGCUGCGCUCCUUCCUCCCAGACAAGGCCAAACAGGGCUGGGGUUCCUCUUUAAUCUACUUCUUGUGGAACCUGCUGCUCAUAGCCCCGCGUGUGGCAGCCCUCGCCCUCUUUGCCUCUGUCCUGCCCGGGUACAUCGCCGCCCACUUCCUCAUGCUGUGGGUCGUGUUUGUGCUCUGGGCCUGGCGACAGAGGACGGACUUCAUGGACAGCGUCAGCGGGGAGUGGCUCUACAGGGCCACCGUGGGGCUCAUUUGGUACUUCAGCUGGUUUAAUGUAGCGGAGGGUCGGACCAGGGCCCGCAGCCUCAUCUACCAUACCUUCAUCACCACUGAUGGAGUGAUCCUGCUGGUGACUUGGUGGUGCUACAAGGACCCUGUGCAGACUGAGUCAUACGCCCUGGCUCUCUUCAUUACUCUACCGUUCACCUACCUCCUGGGGCUGCUCUUUAAAACCCUCUACUACUGCUGCUUCCACCCCAAGCUGUGGAGGCCCCCGAUGAGGGACCCAGGGCUGCCCGACGAUCUGCCUGAUGCAGAAGUGACAGUUAGAGACUUUUCCAUCCAGGACGGAGCCAUAUCCUCAGAGCUUCUCAACAAACGGAUGGCUUGCCAUGCUACUCAUUUUUACUCGGAGCAAGAAGUCUUAAAAAACGCUACAAACGAAGAGUCUGCACAUCUUUGAUGCCCGACUCUGCGUGUUACAUCCAACUGUUUACUGCUGAAAAAUGUUCACCUCUCAAUCUCACUUUAGAAUGUCUCUGAUUCUGUGGUACAAUUUUUCAUGAAGCUCAGUUUAAUUUAAUCUAAAAUACUGUACUUAAAGUGGGCACCAUGUGUCCAAACCCUUUAUACAUCAGUGCAUUUAUUACAAUAUGGACCGUUCCUGGAAUUCCCUUGACGAAUCAGAAAAAUGCUUGAAAGAUUUAGUUACUCCAUCACAUUGGUGAAGCUAGCAGACACACAUCCAGUGUUCCUUUUCAUAGAUUUUCAGACUAAAAUGAUUUUAUUAUUCAAAUCAACAGCUGUACUAUCAGGCUGUUUUAUAGACUCUUAUUUUUUCAAGUCAUAUAUUGUCGUAUUUCUCAAACACCCUUUGAACUGGUGUUCUUUUUUAUAGAAAAACAAAGUGAAAUGUCGUUUUAAUUUAAUACAUUUUCUACAAAAGACAAACAUAUUUAGAUAUCUUUGCAUAUGGAGUCAAUUUUAUACGCGUUAAAACACGACUGUUGUUGCGGUUGAAUGCCUCGCCCUUUUUUAAAUACACACUUUGAAGAGUGAAGAGAAGAACCUUGUUAUUUACAACACUUAUUCAAACUAAAAUGUAAUAAAAAAAAGGACAAUCCUCAUAGUAUCAUGGGCAUUAUAGGGGGUUUAGUUGGGCUGUGAGAUCUGGUAUUAUUCUAAAUGUGUCGUUAAUCUUCAAAUUAAUUUUUGAGGUUGGUCAUGAGAACAAAACAAGGGCUCUCUAAAUGUGUGUUGUGUCACAGAUGUUAUUACAGGAAGCUACUUCAGGACUUUGAAUGUAACAAUAAGUUCUCCUUUUCUAAUUUUGUUUUAGUGUUACUGUUUUAAACCUCUCUACGGGUUGCCAGUUUUGAUCGACAUGUUAAUAGUUCUGUUAAAGUCAAAUGCUAAUUCUUUCUAUGUUAGCUCAGAGAUGACAUCACUGUAGCGUCAGGUGUCAGGGAGGUACAAACACUCUGUUUCUAUAAUGUUUGUUCAGCUUGUUUGAAUGUUGAAUCUGUCAAACUUCUGUUUACUAAGAACUAGGUCACACGUUUCUUUCAGAGCAUUUUGAAAAACAUUUGUGUCUUCUUGAAGUUUUUUUUUUGUUUUUGAAUGCUAAUUCAGUUCAUGGGUUUUACUCCAGCGAAUGUUCAAACAAGGUGUAGUAGAUCUCUUCACUCUGCUGCAACCAAAAGUCAAGGUCAGGGCUGGUAGUUAAUCUUUUACCUCAUUCGCCAUGUGCAAUUAUUAAAGUGGUAACACUGUUGUAUCCUCUGA